AUGAUUUCUGACAACGCCACUAACUUCAAGACUGGCUCUUCCUUGAUUCAGUCUUUGUAUGAUGACACUGACGUACAGUCCACACUGACUAGGGAAAAUUGUAAAUGGACAUUCAUCACACCUAGGGCACCCCAUCAAGGAGGCUUCUAUGAGAGGAUGGUUGGCAAUGUCAAAUCAGCCCUAAAGAAAGCUAUAUUCAAGAAGAGGAUUAAUUCUGACGAACUGAAUACCGUUGUCACUGAGAUAGAGUGUCGUAUUAACAAUAGACCUCUUACAUAUGUGGAUGCUAAGUCUCCAGAUACCAUCGAUGCCCUUACCCCUUCUCACCUGUUGUAUGGCCACCGGUUAAACUCGUUACCCACUGCCAUAGACCGGGACUAUCUGAAUGACCCAGCGUUUGAGCUUGACCACAAACAAUGUAAUGAGAGAUUCAAGUUUGUAUCUCAGGUAAUACAUGCAUUCCAGGAACAGUGGGAGAAGGAAUACUUGCAUUCCCUAAGAGAUAGACACUAUUUCAACAGGGAUCCAACCCAACCAUUCCAAACUAGGAUUAAAGUAGGAGAUGUGGCGUUAGUACAUAAUGACACCCCUCGUUGCCUGUGGAAAUUGGCAAGGGUCAUUCAGCUGAUGCCCAGCUCUGAUGGACUGGUCAGAGUUGUGAAGCUACAGACCGGCAAUGGAGAGACAACUAGGUCCGUUGACAAACUUUACCCGCUGGAGUUCUCUAACCCAGAGGAUGUGUAUACUGUAGAUGCUGCUGAGCAAAAUUUAGGAGACAGUCAAAAUUCUGAAGGCUAUCAAGCAGAAGAAGAAAGACCGAAGAGAAGAGCUGCCACCAACUCAAGGCGAUUCUUACAGCAGUUGAUUAAUGAUGAAGCUGUUUAA